AUCAAUUAUUCUACGUGAAAAAAAAAAUAAAAUUUGGGCUAUAAAACUCCCCGUCACGGCGUCACCCUUUACUCAUUUUUCCAAUAUUCACACAAUACCUCUAUCUUGUGCCACUUAUAUAGUACGUCCAUCCUAGUGAAACAAACCAUGGUUUCCGAAACAAACCAGUCCAAGAAUGUGUGUGUAAUUGGAGCUGGACCAUCAGGGCUAGUGGCAGCGAGGGAGCUGAAAAGAGAAGGUCAUAAGGUGGUUGUGUUGGAGCAGAACCAUGAUAUUGGAGGUCAAUGGCUAUAUAACCCAAAUGUACAAGAGGAGGACCCUUUGGGAAGAGACCCUUGGCUAAAGGUGCAUAGCAGCAUCUAUGAGUCUUUAAGGCUCAUGUCCCCCAGAGAGGUCAUGGGCUUCACUGAUUUCCCCUUUUUAGUCAAGAAAGGUAGAGAUCCAAGGAGGUUUCCUAGUCAUAGAGAGCUCCUUCUCUACCUUAAGGACUUUUGUGAAUGGUUUGAGUUGAGAGACAUGAUCAAGUUCAAUACAAAGGUGCAUUAUGUGGGACCAUUAAAUUAUGGUGUCCCUAGUGAGGAUUUGAAAUGGGUUGUUAGAAGCAAAGACAAGAACAGCGAGGAGGAAGUUGAACAAGUGUUUGACGCUGUGGUUGUUGCCACUGGCCAUUACUCUAACCCCAGAUUGCCAUGCAUUCAAGGAAUGGCCAUAUGGAAAAGGAAACAAAUGCACAGUCACAUUUACAGGUCGCCAGAGCCAUUCCGUGGGGAGAUAGUGGUGGUGGUUGGAAAUUCUUUUAGUGGACAAGAAAUAUCAAUGGAACUUGUGAAAGUAGUGAAGGAACUCCACCUCAGUUCAAAAUCACUUGACAUUUAUGAGGGUUUAUCUAAAGUCAUAUCCAAACACGAGAACUUUCAUCUUCGUCCACAGAUAGAGACCCUUCGAGAGGAUGGGACGGUCAUUUUCAACGAUGGCUCCAGCAUUAUCGCAGACACUAUUUUAUACUGCACUGGGUACACCUAUUCCUUCCCCUUUCUUGACACCAAAGGAAUGGUUGUUGUGGAUGAUAACAGAGUGGGUCCUUUGUAUGAACACACGUUCCCCCCAGCACUUGCUCCUUCUCUUUCUCUUGUAGGCAUCCCCAGAAGAAUCCUGGGGCUCCCUUUCUUUGAGUCGCAAGGAAAAUGGGUAGCUCAACUGCUUUCUGGGAAAAAGGCUUUGCCAUCAUAUGAGGAAAUGAUGAAAUCGAUCAAGGAGUUUUAUCAUUCAAAAGAAGAAGCUGGCAUUCCUAAACAUUAUACCCAUGAAAUUGAAGGCUUUGAUUAUUGUGAUAAAUACGCAGAAAAUGUAGGACUCCCAAAGUUACAAGAAUGGAGGAAAGAUCUGUGUGUAUCAGCUGUAGUGAACUUAUUUAUCAACUUGGAGACAUAUCGUGAUUCGUGGAAUGAUGAUAUUGAUGAGAAGCUUCAAGAAGCCCUUCGAAGUCCUUACUUCACUCAACUAGGAGUUGAACCUGAAGAUCCUUCUCUGUAAAACUCAAAUUAAUUAGCGAUUACUUGUAUUUCUAUGUUGAGAACUUCAAUCUUUGUGGCUCAAUAAUCUCAACCUUGGUUCCUCCAAAUUUGUGGACUCUUAUUGUUUGAUUCAAAUGAUCAUAAAAUGCGACGAAGUUCAUGUAA